AUAACCAAGGGAAACUCAAUAUACAAAAAAAUGAUUAAUCAUUUUACAUCUAUGUCAAGCAUGUGUGGCUAACGGCUUAAGUCCAAAAAGGAUCUAAGUCCAAAAUACUGACUAGCCUUCUAGCUCGUCACUCCUCCUGGUUAACCGUGCCUCGGGUCUCAUUCCCUGAAAUGGUGGAUAAGGAAAACUACGAGAUAAGAUAUCUCAGUAAGUAAAAAUAUGGAUAGCCCGUGAGUAAAAUUUAAGCAUGCCUGAUAAACAAUUUAACAUAACAAAGUGUUCAAUGAUAAAUUGUUAAUGCAGAAUAAGAUUCAGUAGUAGUCUCAUCUAUAAGUUAAUAACAAAGCGUUCAAUGAUAAACCGUUAAUGCAGAAGAUGAUUCAGUAGUAGUCUCAUCUAUAAGUUAUGGCCAGUGUUUAACAACUCCCACUGGCAAGCGUCAGUUUCAGUAAUAACCAAUGUACUAUCCCAUUGGUAGGAUUACAAAAUGAACUGGUCCUAUCGUAACCUAUGAACGGUGCUGUGAAUAGUACCACGACGUGAACAGUACUGCACUUCCAAAAAUUGGCCAAAACACUAGCUAAUUCACGGGAUUUUCUCCAAAAAUCACACAGCAGUCAAUUAACACUCAAUCACACAAAUUCGACUUGAAUCAAUGCUUAAACUUUAUCCUAAAGCUACCGGAAUUCCUCCCCAAUUUUCAGCCAAAAUUCGGACACAAGGCAGCAAACAAUUGAUGAAAUUCAAGCUUGGAGGAGCUGUCAACUUACCCACAAUUUUCCAGCAAGCAAAACCGGACCUGCUGGAGGGAAGAAGCCGGCGGCAAGCUACAGGGGAACUCACGGACUAGCCAAAAAUUGGAGAACCAAAGUUAACCCAAGCUAAAUCAAGCUAAAAGGAUGAAAUCAUGGCUGUUUCUUACCAAAAAUCAAAGCAAUUCGCCCCC